UAAAUAUACAAGUGUUACGAUUUACGAAGUUGCUAGUUUCGUUGAUAGUUAGCAAUGUCUCCAUAAUUUUUUAUUUAUUUAAUCUGGAGGUCAUCAUUGUCGUUCAUUAUUAUCAUGAUUUUCAAAUAUGAGAUAAAAUGCAGACAUCAAUUUUCUAUCAUGGAAUGUUGGUGCUACUAACGUGCGUAAAAAAAUUAAAUGUAUAAACGCAAUAAUAAAUUUAAAAUGAUGGAAAUCAGCACAAUUAAUUUAGUUUAUGCCAUUUCUUUUCUAGAUUUAUUUGCUGUCGGACUAACAUUUCCACUAUUUGCAAAUCAUUUAAGAGAAUUAGGAGCUUCACACACCUUGGUUGGUGUAUGCUCAUCAGUGUAUUCUGGAUUACAGUUAUUUUCAGGUCCUCUUAUUGGUGGUUGGAGUGAUGUAAGGGGUAGGAAGUCAGUUUUGAAAAUAACACUUUUAUUAUGUGCAAUAUCUUAUGGUUUUCUGGGACUAACAACUUCAAUAUUGUGUAUUAUACUAUUGCGAAUUGUAUUUGGAAUUACAAAUCAUACUCAAAUCAUUUGCAAGGCUGUGAUAUCGGAUUUAAUACCACCGGGUGAUCAAACUGGGGUUUAUGGAAGAUCUGCUGCACUGAGUUCGUUGGGUUUUAUUGUUGGACCAUUCCUUGGGGGCCACUUGUCGGAAAUAAAACAUGGCUUCACUUAUGUAAGUGGGGUUACAGCACUGGCAUUUCUUGUAAAUUUAGGCUUAGCCACGUUGUUACCAAGUGAAUCCAGAAUCAGGAAUAUUCAAAAUAAUGAUGUUUCUCUUAUAACAGGUAUAAAACGAGAAUUUGCUAAAACAGUGAAAGAAUUGAAUGACAUCGAUUGGAAAGUUCAUUGGGACAGCUUUCUGUUGCGGUUCUUGUUCUGUUUGGCAAUAAUGUGUUAUUUUAGUAAUCAAUCGUUAUAUCUACGGGAAAAGUACGAAUUAUCCCAGAAGCACAUUGGCUACAUUAUUUCCUUCUUUGGCACAAUCAGCAUGUUUUCUGCAUUCUUUCUAGACCAAAUUAACAGUUUUUACAAAGACGACUCUACUUGUUUUACAAGACUUUUCCACUUUUCUUUACUCUUGACUUCUUGUUUUAUGGCUAUCGCUUUUUCUCCAAACAUAUCGGUUCUUUUACUGCUGAUGGUGCCCUUUUCUGUCGCGUCUACCGUUUUAAGGGUGGUGAGUAUGGAGUUAAUGUUAAAGAAAUCCGACGAAUCGCACACAGGGUCCUUAUCGGGAGCAUCGAACAGCGUCAUGUCCUUGGCAAAGUUUUUAACCCCAUUUCUGACGGGCGUAAUUAGUGAUAUUUUUACAGAAAAAUCUGUUAUGUUUGUGGGUAUAUUACCUUCAGGUUUGUGUGUGUUUCUCACUUUGUACAUGAAAAAGUAUGUAGCAAAUACUGAAGAUAAAAAUAAAUGAUGUUUGUUAAUUCAA